AUGGCCCUGCACAAGAAUUACAGCAUUGUUGCUGUUACUGUCAUUGCUGCUGUUGCUCUUGUUGGAACAUUAGGAGCAGUUCCCAUCUCUGAAAAAGCAGCACCCGAUGUGGGGAAGAAGUACCACCUUCAUAAGGACGUCAAGAGAGAGAAUGAGAAUGUCCAGGUAAAUGUCGAAGACAAUGUCACCGUGUACAACGUCAAGGAUGAGCAGUUCGAGGUUGCUAUGAACAGCUCAAGGAACAUAGUAGAAAAUACGUCAGGUGAAGAAGAUGGCAAUGAUGAUGAUGAGCUGAUGACCUUCUUUGUCAAUGCUUCCCCGAUCAAGAACAAAACAUUCCUGAAUCCCAGUGUUCAGGAAUUCUGCAGGGAUCUUGAUGCAUACUGGCUCAUUCAGAUGGACAACAAUACUCUAGAUGGCGCCAACACGCACUACCCAGCAGAUGGUGAUCACGAUCGCGAGAAACGCAGCCCCUGCAGUAAUAAUGUUAACAUUU